AUGAAUUCGAGCUGGCCUGACCUUCAAGGUUUCUUAAACAAGGAGCAGAUGCUCCUUGAAAGCCACAAAAUCAUCAAUCCAGCCGGAGACGACAAAUUGGCCCAAAUACGCAAAAUAUCCACCCCGGGUGCCCCUAGGCCACUUGAAGACGUUCUCAAAGAUGCACAGGAAAUCUUUUCACUUGGCUUUAGAGUUGGCAACCCUAGAUUCUUCUCCUUUGUUCCAUCUCCGGCUUCACCAUGGUCCUGGGUGGGAGACAGUUUGACUUCCGCAUACAAUCCAUUUGGUGGAUGUUUCGAGGCUGCAUCAGGUGUUUGCCAGGUGGAAGAAACACUCAUGGCCUGGAUUGCAGAGAAGUUUGGAUUGCCCUCCACGGCAGGAGGUCAAUUUGUAUCGGGGGGCUCAAUAGCGAAUAUGACUGCUUUGGCAGUCGCUCGAGACCAGCUUCUAGAGGAUGGCCAGGCGCGACUCAGGGGCGUUGCCUACAUAUCGAGCCAGACUCACUUUUGCAUCAAAAAGGCGCUUAAUAUACUGGGAUUCUCAGAUGAACAGGUCAGGACCAUUGAAGUCGACGACGACUUUCGCAUGAAUGUCCAACACCUCGAAGAAGCAAUUCAGAGUGAUCUUCAAGCUGGUCUCAAGCCAUUCGUCGUUAUUGGAACCUGUGGAACCACCAAUACGGGGAGUAUCGAUCCAUUGACCAAGAUUUCGGCCAUCACCAAGAAACAUGGCAUGUGGUUGCAUGUCGAUGCUGCCUACGGUGGCUCUGUGGUCUUUUCAUAUUCCCGACGAAGUGUGCUGUCAGAAAUUGGUCUGGCGGACAGUAUUGCAUGGGAUGCUCAUAAAUGGCUUUUCCAAACACACGGCUGUGGUGCAGUCAUUUUCCGACAAAAGUCCAAGGCACUGAAGAGCUUCGCCACGACGGCUACCUACGUGCAAGAUGUUGACGAGUGCGCAGAUCAAAAUCCGUGGAACUAUGGAAUUGAAUUGACUCGACCGGCGCGGCAUAUGCGACUAUGGUUCUCCUUACAGGUGAUGGGCAUGGAACAGAUCGACUGCAUGAUCUCGCAUGGAUUCGAAAUCUCCGAAUACACGGAAGAGGAGAUUAGAAAACGCAGUGGCUGGGAGAUUCUAUCUCCAAGCUCCUUGGCCAUCAUCAAUUUCCGGUUCGCACCUAAGGGCUUAAAAGAGCCAACAUUGGAUACUAUCAACAGUGAAAUAUCCUCGAAAAUAAUGGCCCGUAAUGUGGCCGCUAUUUUCACAACAAAGCUCAAAGGGAUGGUGUCUUUGCGCAUGUGCACCAUCAACCCCGAAACGACUCGAGAUGAUAUUGCGGACGUCAUCAGUGCACUCGACGGUACUGCCAGGGAGAUCCUCACUCAAAUUGGAAUGAAUUGA